AUGGCGUCCGUAUUGACAAUCGCGUGGCGUCUUGUUCUGAUGAUUCUCUUGGGUGCCUUUUGUGCUGGACAGGAAGCUCCCGGACCGUCCGCAAUAUGCCGCUGGCCCGACGGUUCAGACCACAAGGAAGGGGUCGUGUGCGCAGGGAGAGAAAAUGGCCGCAGUUGUUGCGCCCAGGGUCAAGAGCGGAUGUCUUGCGCAGAUCCCGGACUGCUCCGUGAGAACUGCCCUGCUAUCAACCUCUGCCAUGAUGAGGCACCCGGAUCGCCAGGGCUCCUGCGACAAUGCCCACUGAGCGGGGUAUACGGGUUCUGCCUGAGGCCAGACGCCUGGGAGGGUGACUGUGCCGACGCCAGACUGAUUCUGAGCCCCGGCCACGUAGACGACGGGCGCAACCGCAACGACAGCGGCAUUUUCAACGCUGGCGAGGUCGACGUAAGCCAGACUGAUGCCACUGCCCAGGAGGUACCGGCAGCCAUCAAUAGCAGCAGUAGCAGCAGCAGCAGCAGCCACGUUAGCACCAUUGCCGUCGGGGUCAGCCUUGGUGUGCUUUUGCUGGCGGCAGCGACGGCAGCAGUCUUCUUUUUGCGGCGAUGGAAGGCCGUCCUGCUCGAGUUGGACGCCGCCCGGGCGGGCAUGGAGACCAUGUCACCACCAGAGACUCAAGAUCGACGCCCGAACCUGAAGCAAGUCCCCUCUGUUGCCGAGGUCGCCCUUCCCGUCGAUCGGUCUGAGCUGCCGCAGAUUGUGUCUGUUGCGGGGCCAGAGAUACACGAGGCCGACGCGGGGCAGAUAUUCGAGGUCCAUGAAUCACACCACAGUAGGACGGCAUUGAUGGUGGCUGAGCGGAUCGAGUCUGCGCAUAUAGAUUUGAUUGUAUACCUUAAACUGUGA